AUGGACCAAGCUGACAUACCUGCGCUUCUGGCGCGGUUGUCAAGCGACGAGGAUGCCGCGCGCAAAAUGGCCGUCUUCAAGCUCCAAACCUCCAUCAACGACCCUUCCUUUGCCGACGUAUUCAUAUCCUCCGGCGGCCUUGUCGUUUUGCGCGGUCUCAUCAUGGGUUCCGGCGGCAACACAUUGGCCUAUUCGCUGCAGAGUCUGACGCGCCUUCUCGAAGUCGACAUGGGUUGGGAUAUCUUUGAGGGCCCGUCUGCAAGUGCCUUUGUGGAACGCAUCGUGGAGCUCAUCGUCAUCAAUCCCUUGGUUAAUAUCCUCCGCGGAGCCAUGUCGAUUCUCGUCGCUCUCGUAAGCCAUUCCCAGUCGAGCCAGCCAGCCAGCCCAAUUGCACCUACACCAGGUUCCUUCGGCUUCAGAGCCCUCAAGCCUGCUGUGGCCGUGUACCCUCAGUUCUUCGAGCUGGUCAUCCAGCAAUUACAUAGCGCCGAUCAUGCGCUGUGCGCCAACGCUCUCAUGCUGAUAAACGCGCUUAUCCGUGACUCAAUUUCUAAUAGUUCCGUCUACUCCAAUGGCAGCAGCACAGGCAGCGGCGGCGAAGAUUGGGCGAAACUGGUGAAGCGCCUGCAGGACCUGGGUCUAAUAAAGGCCGUUUAUCAGCUCAUGCUGAGCUCGUCGAUACAGGAUUUGGCGCAUCCGGUGCUGGAAUUCCAAUCGCUUACCAAAGUGCUGUUACGAAAGUGGCGAGAGGUGAGAGUCGACUUGGAACGACCAGAGCAUAGACGGGCGUUGAAAGGACUACAUUUAGCCAGUGCUCCGGAUCGACUUGUCAAUGGACAUCAUCAUCACCAUUCAAAGGACGACACUUCGGAAGGGAGCAGGAAGGACAGUCGGAAGCACAACCCUGAGAAAUGGAGGAGGCUUGGUUUUGAAACGGAGAGUCCUGCGCAUGAAUUUGAUACGACGGGGUACUUGGGUGUCAUGGACCUCACAGACUAUGUGAGGAAGCAUGAAGAUGGGUUUCAAAAGCUGCUGCUUGAACAAGCCACAAGGCCGGUUCAAGAAAGAUGCCCCAUCGCAAGGGCCAGUUUGGCAGUGACCAUGAUUUUGUACGAACACUUUGACGUCGAUAGGGUCGAGUUUGAGGAUUCCAAGGGAUAUCAGGGACUGGAGGUUAAGGACCACGACAGGUUAUUCCGACCUCUGCUGCUGCAGUGGUCUCGACUGCACACGGCAGGAUUACUGGGCUUCUUUCGCAUAUGGAAGGCCACUGGUGCUGAGUUAGAAGACUUUGAGAAGGUAGCCGAGCUCGUCCGCAUCCUCAUUGAGCAGGUCGUUGGUCGAGCGUCGCGGACAAAGGAUAUCCUGGAGGCAGAGGAAGACAUACUGGAGUACGAUAUCACCCAGCUCCGUGAGCUGCAGAUGGAGCUGUUGGAGCUGUCCUUUGAUGACACCUGGGGUCAACACUUGUACCAAGUACGCGAGACGUUGAAGCAAGAGGCUUUACAAUUCGUUAAGGAACAGAGGGUGCGGUGUCUGCUGCAAGGCUCGUGGUUCUGCAAGCCAGCGUCGCACAAGAAGGACCACCACGACCCCGAGGCCAUCACAAAGCACGUCGCCACUCCAUGGCGCUUCGCCAAGCUAUCACACAACCGCCGCUAUCUGCAUUACGCAGACUUUGAGGAACAAAUGGCCCAAGAUCCAGGCCUGGACGUGCUGACCAACAAGGUCGACUUGGGCACCGUCAGCUCCGUGGGCUCCAACGUGUCAGCAGCAGACGACAGCAGGAGCAACGGCAGUGGCUCCACGGUGCAGAACUUGGCCGGUGGCCAUUCCAAGACGACCACCAAGAUUACCAUUUACGCAGCUGAGAUCAACAAGCUGGGCGAGACGGAGGAAUAUCCAAUGCUGACAUUGUGGCCAACCAGCCACAGCCUGGCGUCUGAAUGGCUCGAUGGCCUGCUGAUGCUUCUUAACCAGGCGCCCAUUACGGCGGAAACGAGCAAGUUGAUCAACUUGGUGAGCGACUAUGGCCUGAAGAUCCGUCUGCUCAAUGUGCGGAUGGACUCGGCGUUUGAAGGACCGCCUCCGGGGGCGGGAGUGGUGCCCAGUCGAGCGGGACUAGAUGACGAUUAUUUCUUCGAGGUGUAG